AAAUUUAUUAAACCUUCUGUUUCUCAAUUUCGUUAGCUGUUAUAAAAACCACAAAAUACAUUAUUAUUUUUUAGGAAACUACUGCAAUGGAUACUUUACUUCAUCAAUGCGAGACGUUAUAGGUUUGCCCAUAGUCUGUGAUCGGCCAUGACGAGCGUGCAGCUGGACUUGUCGCGAGUGGACUACAUGGUGGUGGGCAUCACGGCGCCCCAGACCAUGAAGCUGCUGCCCAAUCAGGGGGCCAAGCUGAGCCAGAAGGUGGCAGUGGCAGACCGCGAUGGUGUGGUGCAGGUGUUCUCCCUGAAGCGCGGCGACGUGCAGGUUGCUUUCAAGACCCUGCCGGGGCCGCCUGCCGCCUGCCUGGAGCUGGGCGGGGCCAUUGGGACGGUGCAAGACAAGAUAUUUGUUGCUCUGAAGAACGAGGUCCAUGGCUACUUGAAGAAGGGGAAGCUGUUUCUGGCCUUCGACACCAACCAAACGGAGCACAUCUCCUCCAUGCACGUCAGCGGCAGCAACCUGCUGGUGUGUGGCCGGCACGUGUACAGUCAGUUCUACGACUGCGUGGACACCAACUCCUACGUGUGUGGGGACCAGAUCAACGACGUCGUAGCUCUGCCUGCGGAGAAGUCGGGGCGGCUGGUGCCCGUGCUGGCGUGCGAGGAUGGGGCGGUGCGCGUGCUGGACCGCUCCCAGGAGGCCCACUGCGUGCGGCUGCCCUCGGCGCCCGCCGUGCUGGGCCUGUACCGGGGCGACGGGGGCGACGCGGGCGACCAGGUGCUGUACGGCGCCGCCGACGGCAGCGUGGGCCUGCUGCAGGUCAGCAGGACAGGGGUGACCAGCAGGCUGCUGCUGCUGCCCGACGCGGGACUCGCGGCCGUCACCUGCAUGGACUGCUACGACCUGACGGGGGACGGGACCGGGGACCUCCUGGUGGGGCGGCAGGACGGCUCGCUCGAGGUGUACCCGCUGCCUGACCCGGGCGAGGAGGCACAGCUCGGGGCCAGCAGGCUCUCAUACACUUGCAAUGAGAGCAUCACUUCUAUCCAAGGAGGUGUUGUUGGCAGCCCUGGAUGUGAUGAGAUUGUCGCAGCUACUUAUACGGGUUGGAUCUUUGGGCUCACGACGGAGCUGGUGGACAAGCAGGUGGCUCUGGACGCAGACGGCGGCACCGUCGUGUCGCAUGACCUCAGGCUGAAGCUGCAGCGACUCAGAGCUGAAGUCGAAGAGAUUGAGCUGAAGGUUGCAAAGGAACGAGAAAAAUACCAGGACUCUACUCUCGACAAGUUUGAUGGAGUCUCCACUAUUCCUUACAUAACUAUAAAUGAUAAGAUGACGCUGGUGAGGCAGGAGGCGUGCUACCGGCUGCUGCUGGAGGCGGAGACGGCCAUCGACAACGUGCUGGUGCAGAGCGAGGUGCCGCUCCACCUGCUGGACGUCGACAAGAACUCUGCCGUCGUCAGCUACAGCGAGUGCGACCCCGCGGUCAGCCAAGCUCUCAACCCUGACUAUAGCACUGAAUCAUGUUGGCAAAAGCGGGAACUGCGUGCUGGUGACGUACCGCUGCCAGGCCAACACGACGCGCCUGGAGCUGAAGGUGCGCACGGUGGAGGGCCAGCACGGCACGCUGCGCGCCUACGUCACGCCCCUGGUGCAGCCCAAGUGCUGCCAGCUGCGCCUGUACCGCGUCCGGCCGCUGUCCCUGCACGCCCGCUGCCAUGCCGUGGACGAGGCCAGGCCGUACAACGUGCUGACGCUGAAGGGUGGCUUCAGCCUGGCGGAGGUGCACAGCUGGGUGUGCCUGUGCCUGCCCGAGGUGCCGGAGAAGCCCCCCGCGGGCGACAAGGCCAGCUUCUGCUUCGUGUCCACCUUCCUCGACACCAUGCUGCAGUGCUGCUACUGGUCGGUGCAGUUUUCACUUCGAAGUAAUUAUGUAGGGGGAGCUGAAUUGUUGCCCCUUGGAUGGGCAGCCCUUCAGGAUUUUCUGACAGUGGUUAGUUUAGGUUAGGUUAGUUCACUUUACCAACUAACCACUGUCAGAAAAAUCCUGAAGUGGUAAUGAUUCAGACAACCUUUCAAACACACUACUGUCAGAAAAAUCCUGAUGGGCUGCCCUUCCAAGGGGCAAGUUUUCAGGAUUAUUUAAAUACUUAAAGAAACAUGUUUUCAGAAAUUGCAUGGGCAGCCCUUUUAGUCGCUGUACAAAUAAACCAUUGUCAAAAAAAUCCUGAAGGGCUCCCCUUCCAAGGGGCAGCAUUUCAGUCGCCCCAUUAUUUAUUGCCAUAAGAAUACUUGAUGGGUCAGUGAUUUUGUUUUAGGGGGUAGGUGUAGUUUUAACUGUUGUUUAUAUUGCAAAAAGCAGUGGUACACCACAGCUUUAUCUCCGCGCCUAGUGUGCCAUAUUGGAGCGUGGGUGCAGAACACCACUGGUUGGCUCUGACGCUCUUCACUACGAUAUUAGUCAUCCAGGCGUUGAAAAUUAUGCAUUGCUCGCCGUUGUCAUCUGCACAGUAUAACCUGCUGCCGUCGGGAGUGUUACAAAACUGCCAAUCACUCAGUCAGCUCUGCAUGCAGUCAUAGAACACAGUUAGCAAGUUAAAGCUCAAGACUGUUGUUUGCUUUCCUGGUUGUUAACAACUGAAACAACUAGGACUGCUGGGUCCUCUAAGAUCGAAGAGCCCAGAACCCUGUACCAUGAUCUGUGUUGGAAUGUCCUAAGAAGCUGUGUUUUGUAAAAAAAAUAAUAAUAAAUAAAUGCAGCAAUGAUAUUGUGUCGUUUCAGUAAAUGUUAGUUCCAAAGGGGAAAGGAGGGGGAGUAAUUGGAUUCAGAACUCGACCACUUCCUUCCCCUUUGCGAGCUUCUGAUCGGCCAUUACGUAGCGUGUAUAAGGAGUGACCUCAUAACCAUGUAACAUGUGCAAAUGUUGAAAUGUUAUAUCAUUUUGCAUGAGGAAUGUUAACAUUACAUAUUAGAUAUUAUUAACUACAGGCUAGGUGAAUCAGCCUUGCCUUAACUAGUGUGUUUGGGAGUUGCAUCAGAAAAAAAAAAUAUUUGAUUGUUUGUUUAUGUGUAAUUAAAUUUUGUUUAUUAUAUUUUAUAAAACUAGUACAAAAAUGGGACUCGAGCAGUGAACAUAGAAAUAUUUUUGUAUGUGAUAUUAAUAAAAUUAUAAACUACGUUUAUAGUCAGUUAAUUACUUACAAAGUGUUAUGAUGUGAGGUCGACUGAUGCACUUUUGUCGAAGAUUGUGUGGCUGGCUUUAUUGUUGCAUGUGUUAAAAUGAUUCAACCACCCGUUAAGAGAAUUUUAAGUUUCAAUGCCUAACUUCAAGGCAAGUUCAUCUGCCUUUCUUUGCAGUAUCUGUCUGCUUACUGGCAAGUUUUGCGCUCUGAGCUGUUUGAACCACUCCAGCUUAGCUUCCUCCAGAUCUGCUUGCAUCUUGUACCUUAGAUUAUUUUAAUUUCACAUUACUACUUUUCUUCUGAACUGUGUUCUUCCCUUGUUUUCUUCACAAUGCUAUACUGCCGGGCAAGCUCUGUCUUCGGCAUAUUUUUUUUAUCUUUUCCCUUGAUAAUUGUGUACUUCUUAAUAAGGGACAAACCAGCUCUCUUUCUAAUUAUUUUACAUGAAUCAUAAAUCUGUAUGUUAUAAAAAAAGUACGAUGCAGGGGUCUUCUAAACCUUAAAUGCAACCAAAUCAAAGUCCAAUAAAAUAUUUUGUUUUCUUUUCAACAAAUUUUGGUAUUGGUGCCGUCAAUCCAACUGUAAUUUUUCUGGGACUUCGCCAAUCCUUCUAUUCAAACUAAAAAGUGAAAAAUAAAUAUAGUUUAAAAAACUAAUAAACACGCUUUUAAAGCACAUCGAACUAAAAA